AUGUCCUCUGUGAUGCAUUACUUUCCAGUGCACCAGUCCAACGUGGGCUCGUAUCCUGCACCUGUAAGCAAGUACAGCGACAUUAACCUGAUCUAUGCCGCCCAACACCAGCCAACAAUGCUGACCAGCCAUCACUAUCCACCAGCCGCAGUCGCCAUUCCCGAGCAGCCGGCCGUUCAGUCGCUGUCCUCCGAUGAGAAUGUGUCCGUCCCGCCUGUGCAGGAGCAACGCGUUAAGCUGAAGCGUUCGCGGACAGCGUUCACCAGCAUGCAGCUCGUUGAGCUUGAAAACGAAUUCAAAAGCAACAUGUAUCUUUAUCGUACACGCCGCAUUGAAAUCGCCCAACGACUGUCUCUGUGCGAGCGCCAGGUGAAGAUCUGGUUCCAGAAUCGUCGUAUGAAAUUCAAGAAGGACAUUCAGGGACAACGCGAUCCCAAGCCCAGUGUAAAGCUAACUCAACCGCAGACAGAACAGAACGCUCAUCGUGGCAUUGUGCAGCGACUCAUGUCCUACUCGCAGGACCCCACUGCAGAGAAACGCGCUGCCGCAACCGCACCCUACUAUGGACAAUCAGUCAGGGGGAAGGUCAAGUCAGAGGGCAGCACCAAUGCUUCAGCUACAAACUCCGAUCUCAAUGAAAUUCUGGAGCACCUAGCACAAUCGGCGCCAAAUCCAACGGGCCCCACGUUGGGCGCCACAUCAACUACAGCCCCAACAGCAGGCCACUAUUCGUACAACGUGGAUUUGGUGUUACAGAGCAUUAAGCAGGAUCUAGAGGCGGCUGCACAGGCAUGGUCCAAAGCGAAAACAACUGCAGCUCCCAUAGCACAACAGCCUUGGCACCAGAACACCGCAACGAACUCCAUGCAUCCAAUGCCUUCCAUGAACCUGGCGUGGGGUGAGCCCGUGGCCAAGUCGAGGAAACUGAGAGCCUCGCAUGUGAAUCCCUGCGCUCUAACAUUCGAUUACACCAAUUAG